AUGGCUUCUACUUCAGCUUUAUCUGUUCAAAAGAACUUCAAGUACGAUGUCUUUUUGAGUUUCCGGGGUGAAGACACCCGUAAGACCUUUGUUGAUCAUCUCUAUGUUGCUCUUGUCAGUAAAGGCAUUAUCACUUACAAAGACGAUGAAAAAAUUGAGAAAGGGGAAAGGAUCGGUGAGCAGCUCAACAGAUCCAUACAAGAUUCGAGAUUUCACAUAAUUGUAUUCUCCAAAAACUACGCAUCUUCAUCAUGGUGCUUGGACGAGCUCGUAAAGAUCAUAGAGUGCCAGAAGAUGAAGGAGCACACUGCUUACCCCGUCUUCUAUGAUGUAGAACCCACUGAAGUGCGCCACCAAAGUGGGGCAUUUGGGGAAGCCUUUGCAAAACUUGUUGCCAAGCAUGAAAAUAGUAGCUGGAUGUUCUCCUUCUUUGAGUUGUUCGCAAGGAAGAAGAUGUCGGAAGAUGUAGACCAGGAAAAGGAAGAGGAUGUUAAAAGAUGGAGGUAUGCUCUAAAUGAAGCAGCAGGCCUGGCUGGAAUGGAGUUGAAGAACACUUUUAAUGGGUAUUCUUCACUUUUGUUUCUUUAUAGUCUAUGCUUAAUAUGGACAUCAGUGUCAUCCAGGGGCGGGCCUACACUUUUAAUGGCUGCCCACCUUGAUUUUUUUUAAUGUUAAGUGAAAAUCUCGAUUUGACUCC